AUGGCCGGAAGGAAAUUGGUGGCAUUCUUUCUGGCCAUCAUUGUUGCUGAAGCUAGAACCAUUGUGCCUAAUACAAUGGUUCUAGCUCCACCCUUUCCAAGGCCUGUAAGUACUAUUUCGCCAUCUCCGGCUCCAAUGUCAUCUCCUGCCCCAACGCCCUCAGCCUCUCCUGCUAUCAAAGGUGGAUACUGGAUUUCAUCAACAGCCGAGAGUUCUCCUCCAUCAACAAUCCCAACUUCAUACUUCACUCACCUUUUUUACGCCUUUUCCGUGCCUGAUCCCACAACUUACCAACUCUCCAUCACACAAGCUGAUGAAAAAUGGAUGGGGAACUUCACAUCCACCCUCCAUGCCAAAAGUCCCCCUGCACUGACCUUCCUAGCCAUUGCAGGAGACCCUAACAUUUUCUCAAACAUGUCUAGCAACCGCGACAAUCGUGCAUCCUUUAUCCAGUCAAGCAUUGCUGUAGCUAGAGAGUACGGUUUUGAUGGCCUUAAUCUUGAUUGGGAAUUCCCAAACAACCCACAAGAGAUGUCAAACAUGGCAAUACUCUUCUCUGAGUGGCGCAGCGCCAUUGACAAGGAAGCGCUUGCUUCUGGCAGUCCUAGACUACUUUUAUCUGCCGCGGUUUAUUUUGCUUCAAACUUUUUCCUAUCAAAUGUCCCUCGGACUUAUCCGGGUGAUGCCAUUGACAAGUAUGCUGAUUUUGUGAGCCCAAUGUGCUAUGACUAUCACGGUGCUUGGGACACCUCUGUCACAGGGGCACAGGCAUUGCUUUAUGACAAGUCUAGCAAUCUUAGCACUAGCUAUGGUAUAUCAUCAUGGAUUAAGAAUGGUGUGGCACCAGAGAAACUAGUCAUGGGACUACCAAUGUAUGGAAGAACAUGGAAAUUGAAGGACCCAAAUGAACACGGAAUUGGGGCUCCUGCAGUAGGAGCUGGACCUGGAUUCCAAGGUGUUAUGGUGUAUAGUGAUAUAGUGGACUACAAUUUGGCAAACAGUGCCACUGUUGUAUAUGAUGAAGGGACAGUAUCGACGUACGCGUAUGCUGGAACUGACUGGAUUGGAUAUGAUGGAGAGAUAUCAAUAUCAAAUAAGGUUAGAUUUGCUAGUGCUCAGGGUCUUGGUGGCUAUUUCUUCUGGGCGGUUGGAUAUGACAAGAACUGGACACUCUCAAGAGCAGGUUAA